AUGGCGUCUAAUGACCAAAAGGCCAAGACUGAAUUUCUCGAAGAUGUCGGGUUUAAAGAGACCGUAAAUGGUGAGGUACUUGUUGAUGAAAGGGGGGAAGUUCAGCGAUUGCCUGUGCCUAGUAGCGAUCCCAAUGAUCCGCUAAACUUCACCAAGUGGGAGAAGUUAGGUGUGAUUUUCAGUUGCUGCUGGUUCUCGAUCAUGUCCUUGUCGGUAGUUGGAGGAUUGGGCGCCAUCCUCGGUGUCUUCUUCGAGCUCUAUGUCCCUCUGGGUCACAGCUCGGCGCAAGUGGUCUGGCUGGCAACAUUCCCAUCGUUAUUUGUUGGUAUCGGCAAUUAUCUGAUCCUCCCGUUGGGUCUGGUAUAUGGCCGUUGGCCAGCCACGAUCAUCUCAAUUGUUGUGCUUCUUGGGUCAACAAUCGGUUGCGCUCUAUCACAGACAUUUGAGCAGCACCUUGGACUUCGCAUUCUUCAAGGGCUUGCUACAGGUGCUACGGAAUCGCUACUCCCUCUCAUACUAUCCGAGGUCACGUUUGUGCAUCAGCGCGGUACAAUCUUUGGUGUAUAUUGGGCAACACAGAAUGUAGUGACAAGCUGCCUGAAUCUGGCCAGUUCGUACGAAGCCGCCGCUCUGGGAUGGCGCUGGUUCUAUUGGGUGUAUGCCAUUGCCAUCGGAGUCGGACUGGUCAUUGUUGCAUUGAGUUGCUUCGAGACAAGAUACCAGCGGCCUGCGCAAAUUCUCAAUGGGCAACUAGUCAUCACUGAUGAGUUUGGAGUCACCCAAGUGCUUACUGGAGCGCAAGCCAAUGCUUAUCUGCAAAUGCAAGAGGCAGAGGAUGAUAUAACUAUCCCUGAUGCAUCACGACCAAAGAAAGCCUAUGUGCAGAUGCUUACUCCGAUUGGGCCUUCCACCAAGAACCCUGUUCGGACUGUGUUGAUGGCUUGGUUCCACAUGUUCGAGGCCUUCUCUUCCCCGGGAAUUCUAUACGCAACUCUUUUAGCUUCGGUGGUGCUAGGGUCUUCUAUCUGCAUCUCGCUGACGUAUGACGCCGUGCUUCAAAGUUAUGGCUGGCCAGCCCAGAGUGUUGGUUUGAUCAACUUGGGUGGUCAACUUGGGUGGUGUAUUUGGUGGCUUUGGGGGUAUGCUAUACGCCGGAGUGUUUGGUGA